AAAAAGUUGUGGAAGCCGUUUUAAUGAGACUUUGUCAAAGAAAGGAAUGGAAAGUGUUUCAUUGUCUAAACAAAAAGAAAAGGAAGCCGAAGAAGUGGAAAACAUACCCAUAAUAUUUGAUGGAUAUGUACCGUGUAUAGAGGAUAUAAAAGAGAAUGUGAAUAUAAAACAGAAUUUACAACAAAUGGUACACAUGCAAGCAACAGUAAACAUCACGUUACAAGAUAUAAACCAACGUUUAAAAAGAAUAGAAAAAGCUAUUCUUACAAAAUGUGUAUCAAAUUUUGAUGUAAAUGAUAAUAUUAUCACGAAAUUUUUACCUUGUAGCACAGUAGAACGUAUAAAGCAAUUUGAAUCAUUAUUGAAAACUACAGAAGAGGCAGUUACUCAAUUUAGAGAGUAUUUGUUGAAAAUAGGACGAAACAACCCUAAAGAUAAUAUACAACAAAUUUUGAAAAAAAUUUUCACGAAUGAGUGUGCUAUGAAUUGUUCCAUGAAAGGAAUUCGAAACAAUUUCCGAGUUGGUGACUUAAAUAUAAUAAAAAUUGUUAGAAGAGAUUUAACUUUACGUCACGCAAGUCUAACAGAAUCCGAUUUUGAUGGUAUAGUCGCAGAAUGGCUACGUUUUGCGAAACAAAGAAAAGAAAGAGAAGACAAGACUAAGGAACAAGACAAUGAAGAAAAUGAUGUACAACAUAACGUUGAUGAGUAACAUCUA